AGGAGUCAUCUUCUCCUAAAAUGGAAAUGAAAAUGAUCUUCUUGAGGAUGAUGGCGUUGAGGAGUGGCUUGAUAAGAUUCAUUAGAUUUGAGGUUUUUCCCUCAGGUUGAUUCAUCCUUUGUCUUUGGUGUCGGUGUGGGGCACAAGAUACUGUAAGGAUGAAGAAAGAUUGGGAAUUAUUGGGAUUGCUUCUCCUAACAUUAUGUUUUUAUGUCAGCAAUGGCCAAAGAGUUGUUUGUAGACAGGAGGGUGUGGCAGACAUCGUGUUUCUGGUGGAUGGCUCUGGCAGCAUUGGGCUGGAAAACUUCAAGCAAAUCCGUGAAUUCCUCUUCUCUCUAGUAAACCACUUUGAAGUUUCCGCUGACAAAGUGCAGAUCGGUCUGGUUCAGUACAGUGACGAGCCACAAACUGAGUUUUUCCUCAAAGAUUAUCGAAACAAAGAGGAAAUUCUCAACUAUAUUACAAAUCUGCCUUAUAAAAAGGGCAACACAUAUACUGGCCAGGGUCUGGAGUUCCUGCUAAGGAAACAUUUCAUCCAGGAGGCCGGAAGUCGCAUACAGCACGAAGUUCCUCAGAUUGCCAUCGUCAUCACGGAUGGAGAAUCUCAGGAUAAGGUGGAAUCGCACGCUCAGAAGCUCAGAGAAAGCGGGAUUGAAUUGUUUGCCAUAGGGAUCAAAGAUGCAAAUGAGACUAUGCUAAAACAGAUCGCAAGCAAGCCACACAGUGAACACGUCUACAGCGUCUCAGACUUUAAGGCUCUGAAGGGAAUCUUUCAGAGUGUAAUCCAUCAGCUGUGUACUACAGUAGAGGUAGCACACAGUGAGGUUGUCAUGACGAUGAGAGAAUGCAAUGAGACCGCUCAGGCAGAUGUCGUGCUUGUCGUGGACUCGUCCGGCAGCAUUGGGGAAAAAGACUUUGCAGAAGUGAAGACGUUCCUUCAUACUGUAGUGGACAAAUUCAACCUUCAAAAUGAGAGAGUGAGACUGGGUCUCAUCCAGUACAGUCAACAACCACACCCAGAGUUUCUGCUUGGUGACUACUUGGAUAAGAGCGACCUGCACCAAAAAGUGAAUAAUCUUAUCUACCAUAAAGGAGGAACUAACACAGGUCAAGCUCUGACUUUCAUCCGUGAGAACUAUUUCAACCGGGCCAGGGAAAACGUCGCUCGGAUUGCCAUACUCAUCACUGAUGGUGAAUCCCAAGAUCCUGUAGAGGAACCAGCCCAGAAGCUACGGAGCCAGGGAAUUGCCAUCUUUGUGAUCAAGGUGGGAAAGAGCAACAUGCCAAAACUGCAUACCAUUGCCAGCAUCCCGCAUGAGGAGUUUGUGUUUAGUAUUGACAGUUAUCAAGAACUGAAAGGUCUACAAGAAAGCCUGCGCAAAAGAGUCUGCCUUACUGCCAGUGACCAAGCUUUUCCGAAGUUUGCUGAUCUCUUCAUACUGGUUGAUAGUUCGGCAUCUAGACAAGAUACAAGUUUGAUCAAGAAUUUUUUAAUAAGAUUGAUUAACCAGCUCAUUGUGGGGAAGAAUAAAAAUCGCAUCGGCCUGGCUCAGUUCAGCGAGAACGUCAAAGAGGAAUUCCUGUUAAAUACCGAGAUCACCAAGCACGAAAUGGUGACUCGUGUCCGCACCCUCCAGUUGAGGCCUUCAGGGCAACGCAGAAUUGGUAAUGCGAUUGAAUAUGCUCACAAACAUUAUUUCAACACUGCGGCAGGGAGCCGCGCGUCCGAAGGCUUUAAGCAGUUCCUGUUAGUCAUUUCAGCGGGUGAAUCUGCUGAUGGUGUCGUCCAAGCAGCCCGCUCGAUUAAAAAAGAUGCAGUGACCGUUUUUGCAGUUGGAUUGCCCAAAGCUGAAAAGUAUGAGUUGAAGGAUAUCUCUACUGGAAUGCAUAACUACGAGAUAGUUAGUACUAUUAUGGGAAAUCAAGUGCAACAAAAGAUCAAGACUGUCAUCGACACACUGGAUGAGGGUGCUGUCACAGAGGAAUGCAGGAUGGACGUUGUGGCAGAUAUUGCAUUUAUUGUCGACCAGUCCAGCAAUGUCAGAUCCGGACAUUUCCGUCGUGUGCGCAACUUUCUUAAGGAAACUAUCAGAGCUCUCGAAAUAGAGUAUAACAAUAAAACAAAAAAAAUAAAUAUAAAGGUGGCGGUGAUCCUCUACAGCAACACCUCUCAGUGUGACGUUUACUUCAACACUUUCAAUAAGAAGGAUGCUAUCCUCAACUACAUUAAAAGCAUUUCUUCUGGCCAUGGAAAAACGAAUACAGGAGAUGCUCUUAAGUUUGCUGAAGAGAGGGUUUUCACCAAAGCAAGAGGCAGCAGAAGACACGAGCACGUUCAGCAGGUGGCUGUUGUCAUCACAGAUGGAAAGUCGUCAGAUAAUGCAUCCAGCGCUGCGGCGUCGUUGCGUCGUUCUGGCGUCACUGUGUUUGCAGUUGGUAUACAAGAACCAUCGGAGUCCGAUUUGAGACAAAUCGCAUCGUACCCACACAACAAGUUUGUGUUCAACCUGGAAAACUUCAAUGAACUGAAUUCACUUGCCCAGAUUUUACCCAGAACGCUUUGCAAUGAUAUCACAGACACCACCAUACCUUCGACAAAAUUUAGUGCAAUACAAGAAGGAUGCAGGCAAACAGAAGAAGCCGACAUCUACUUUCUGCUGGAUGAAUCGGGAAGUAUAUCCUACAGUGACUUUGAAGAAAUGAAAAGCUUCAUUAUGGAAUUUCUGGAAGUGUUCGAGAUCGCACAGGAUAAGGUGCGCGUUGGCGUGGUGAAGUUUGCUUCCCAAGCAACGGUCAUUUUCCAAUUAGACACUUACAGCACGAAAGUCGCCAUCCAGGAGAAAGUGAAAAGCCUUAUUAUGUAUGGAGGCGGCACCAGGACCGAUUUGGGGUUGCUCGAAAUGAUACCGUUGUUCAAAGAUGCUGCACGCACCCGUGGGAAGAAGGUUCGCGAACUUCUCAUCGUGAUCACAGACGGAAAGUCGGAAGACACAGGGACUCCGGUGCACAUCCAUGCUGAGGAGCUGAGGAAGAUGAAUGUCGACAUUUACGCUAUUGGUGUGAAAGACGCCUUUUUGCCCGAGCUGGAGCUAAUAUCUGGCAGCAAAGAAAGAACAUAUUAUGGGAACAACUAUGAUUCCCUCAAAAACAUCAAGAAAGAAAUCCUUAUAGAUAUCUGUUCGUUUGAAGCUUGUGAAGGUCUUCUGGCCGACAUUGUCUUCCUUAUUGACGGCUCAGAAAGAGUUGACCCUGGGGACUUUGACAAGACAAAGGCAUUGCUAGAGUUUAUGGUCAAUAAAUUAGCAAUCGGUCCAAACAAAAAUCAAGUUGCUGUUGUUCAGUACAGCACAAACACACUAGAGCAUUUUUCCUUUGAUAAAGUUUAUGAUAAAGAUAAAAUAAUACAGGAAAUAAGAGCUAUCGAGCAGAUGAUGGGAAAAACGCACACCGGAAAAGCCCUUGCAGAUGUAUUGCAGACCUUUGAAGUAUCGAGAGGCGGACGGUCCGGUGCUUUAAAGUUCCUUAUAGUUCUUACGAACGGAGAGAGUAAUGAUGAAGUGGCCACACCUGCUAAAGACCUGAGAGAGAAUUCCAUUGACAUCUUUACCAUUGGUGUGGGAAAUUCAAACAGGUCUCAAUUGUUGGCUAUCGCUGGAUCGUAUGAAAAAUUGUUUUUCAAAGAAAACUUUGGAUCUCUGAAUGAUUUAAGCAGUGAGAUCGUUCUUAAGAUCUGUAACACAGAAUGCAAAAGACCUGAAUUGAUGGACGUCAUUUUUCUUGUGGAUGCCGCUGGUAGCCCCAAUAAAAAGGGUUUCCAGGAAAUGAAAAGUUUUAUGUCGAAUGUGGUAAGCAAGUCUGAAGUCGGAAAAAAACGGGUACGUUUUGGGACGAUCGUAUACUCCGACCUCCCUCAUUCUGAGUUCACGUUAAAGCAGUAUGACAGGCAGGAUGAGGUUCAAGGUGCCAUCUUGAAUCUUAUUGCCUCUGGGGGAAGCAGAAACACAGCCAAGGCCCUGAAGUAUGCGCUCACCUACUUUAACGAUGAUCAUGGGGGAAGGCGAGCGAAGAAUGUCCCGCAGGUGCUCUUUCUGAUUACAGACGGGCAGGUUAAAGAUCCUUACAAUCUGGCAAACUGGAGUCAAAGUCUGCCAAAAUCGGAAGUCAACGUUAUUGCUAUUGGUACGGCAGGAGCUCAGGAUGCGGAGCUGAAGAUGAUAGCAGGAGACAGAGGACAAUUUCACCGUGUGAGUGAUUAUCAGGCCCUGAAUGGACUGCAAGCACAAAUCAAAAAUGAGCUUUGCAACCUUACCAAACCAGUUUGCGAGAAAGAGCAGGCUGACCUUGUAUUUCUAAUUGAUGGGUCAGAAAGCAUCAAGCCACCAAGCUGGGAGAUCGUCAAAGAAGUUAUGCUUGGCAUCGUGAAUGAGUUAAAUAUAGCUUCAGACAAAUGGCGAGUGGGUGUUGCACAAUUCAGUGAUAAUUUCUUGGAUCACUUUUACUUGAACACGUACAAUACCUCAACAGAUGUAAAUAGAAACAUAAAAAAUAUUAUUCAAAGGCGACAAGGUACAUUAACUUGGUAUGCCCUGAGAAUGGUUAAUGGAUAUUUUACCACAGAGAAUGGAUCCAGAAUAGCAGAGGGAGUCCCUCAGAAUCUGUUGCUGAUCACUGAUGGAGAAGCUACAGAUCCUAAAGACUUGAAUGCCCUGGCUAAUCUCAGAGCCAAGAAGAUAGACAUAACUGUUAUUGGGGUUGGAAAUGAUAUUGCAAAAACUGAGCUGAUUGAAAUAGCUGGAAGUUCUGAUAAAGUUUUCAUCGAGACCUUCGAAAGCCUUGUACUGAAGAAAACCAUAAAAAGAGUGUUAAAUGAACUGUGCACCAGUCCACAAGAUCUAGAGUCAAAUUCUUGUGAUACCGACAUUGGUAUCGGGUUUGACGUGUUGGGACCUCAGAAUGAGAAGCUGGUCAGAGCAGCUAUUCAAAGUAUCUCUGUGUCGCGGGAUCUUUGCUGCAUCAAGAAGGAAAAAAUCGAAACCAAAAUUGGCUACAGGCUGGUUUCUGGUCGGGAUGGCAAGGUUCUGGAGAAUGUAGAAUUUGAGGCGUACAAUGAGGAUGUGCUCAAGAAGUUGUUGUUACAGCCACCCGCCGAACCUCUGGCCUUCAACAAGUUCCUCUUAGAUUCCUUUGAAGAAAAGUUUCGCUCCUCAAAUGCUAAACUAAAGGUGAUGAUACUCUUUACUGAUGGAAUGGAUGACAGCAUUGAAAGUUUGAAGAACAGUUCAAAAAGACUUAGAGAAAGUGGGGUCAGUGCACUGUUGAUUGUCUCUUUGGGGGUAUUCGAGGAUUUUCACAUGCUGGAGUUUGGCAGAGGGUACAAAUACAUGGAGCCACUGUCCAUUAACAUGAUGAAUGUAGGCAACCAUCUUCAACGACAGAUUGAUUCCAUUGGUUUGGGAGUGUGCUGUAAUGUACCAUGUCCAUGCAUUGGUGAACCAGGACCAAUAGGUGUUCCUGGUCCUCUGGGUCCAAAGGGUUUUCCGGGAGAGAAGGGUCACCCUGGAUUUCCUGGAGAUGAGGGUCAUAUGGGUGAAAGAGGACCUCCGGGGAUAAAUGGGACUAAGGGAGAUAAGGGUUGCCGUGGAAUCAGAGGUAUCAAGGGUGAACGAAGCCGCUCUGGACCUAAAGGAGAUGCUGGGGAGGACGGCCUCCAUGGAGUUGAUGGAGAACAGGGUGACACUGGUCCGAAUGGGAUUUCAGGACCUAAAGGAGAUCUAGGCAAUGCUGGUAUGAAAGGUUUGAAGGGGCCACCUGGACCCAAGGGCCACAAUGGUUUGAGAGGAGAUCCUGGCUCAGCAGGAGCAGACAACAGAAUUCGAGGUCCGAAGGGCGAGAGAGGAGAUGCGGGACCCCCGGGUGCCGCGGGGGUGGAUGGAACCCCAGGUGGUAAUGGAGAUAUUGGUGGCAAAGGCGCUCCUGGAAGACGAGGCCCACCAGGACUUCCAGGUGCCACUUCAGAUGAAAAAGGUGAUCCAGGGCAGCGAGGACCUCAAGGUUACCCUGGACAAAGGGGAACAGGUGGUGUUACUGGGCCAAAAGGAAUAAAAGGCGAACCAGGCGUACCUGGAGUUCAGGGUCCGUUCGGCCCGCCUGGGGUUGAUGGGUCAAAAGGAAGGCCGGGAACCAGAGGACCGAUGGGUUUACCAGGUGACAGAGGGAUCAAAGGAGACUAUGGACCAGUAGGACUCCAGGGACAUCCGGGUCAGGAAGGAGCAAUUGGAUUUGGACCUGUAGGACCUAAAGGAAACAAGGGAACCCCUGGAUACAUGGGCUACCCUGGUUUGGAGGGUGAGGAUGGUCCCAAAGGAUCCAGUGGAACUAAAGGACACAAAGGCUAUCCAGGAACACCAGGGAAUGCUGGUCCUUCAGGUAAUCCAGGUCCUAUUGGGGAAACAGGCAUAGAUGGACACACAGGCAAGAAGGGACCCCCCGGAGUCAGUCCAAUGCCUGAAUGUGAACUGGUUGAGUACAUUCGAGACAACUGUGCUUGCUGUGAAGCUCACAGAAGCCAGUGUCCAGUUCACCCCACAGAGCUGGUGUUGGCUCUGGACAUGUCCUCGGGUGUGAACAAUCAAACCUUUCAACAAAUGCUAACCGCUGCCAUCUCCUUGCUGAAGGACAUUAACAUAGCCCAGAAAUCUUGUCCGUGGGGAGCUCGGGUGUCUGUGAUCUCAUACAGCAGUGAGACCAAGUCCCUCAUCCGCUUCUCAGACCACCAAAAGCAGAAGACCCUGGAGGAGGCUAUUAAGAAUAUUCCUCUGGAGAGAACUACAAAAGUCAGAGACAUCGGUCAAGCCAUGCGCUACAUGGCACGAAACAUCUUUAAACGCGUGCGUGAUGGCCAACUGAUGAGAAAGGUGGCCGUGUUCUUCACAAACGGGCCAUCGAGAGAUGCGUUGAGCACUGCAACGGCAAUGCUGGAGCUUCGGGCUGCUGACAUCAGCCUCGGCGUGAUCGCUUUACGUCCUGCGAAUGACGUGAACCAGGCGGUUCAGGUUGAUGACACAGGAAGCUACAUCGUUGUUGAUGGAAAGGGAGUCGAUCGCAUUAAACAGUGCAUCAUUUGUUUUGACCGAUGUAAACCAGACCCAGUGUGUGGUAUUAAUCUGCAGCCGGAAGCCCUGCAGAUGGAUUUGGACCUGUCUGUGCUAAUGGAUGGCUCAGAUGACCUAAACGCUCAACAGUAUCUUGGGGUGAAGGAGCUCACGCUUUCUCUAUUGGACCAGAUUGAGAUGAGCAGCGACCCACACACUGCUGACGGGAAGACCAGGUUGGCCUUCUACCAGCAGAGCUCCAUUUAUGGCUCCUCUUAUAUCCACGAGGAGUUCAGUUUCACUCAAUUCAGGGAUCGUAGCUUGAUGAAAAGACAUAUCACCAAUUCAGUGAACCAAGUUGGUGGGACGUCCCAUCCUGAGUUCGCUUUAGAAUCGAUGAUUACUAACGUCCUCCUGAGUAAUGCUGAGGGACAGCGAAAGAAGCGAAUGGUCAUAGCCGUUUUUGGAGAAGACUCUGAGCAUCUGAAUAAAGAUCAGCUAGAUUAUGUGUCAAAACUGUGUAGAUGUCGAAAUGUUGUUAUGUUUAUCGUCAUGACGGGACAGAAAUUCGACUGGACACAGAUGGAGAAGCUCACCAACUCUCCUCUCGAGAGUCGGCUGGUAUUCAUGGGAUCUCCCAUACAGAGAGAUCGGGAGUACGCCAGACGCUUCAUCUACGCUUUCCUACACCUGCUCAACAGAGAACUUAUUCCUCAAGUGGUGUCACAGCCUCGUGAGUGUGAUGGUUUUAAACCCAGGCCUGUCGAGUUCAAACAAUCUCCUGAUAGAGACAUCGGCACCGGCCCCCAAUUAGGAAAAGCUCCUGAGGAAUAUGAAGAUGUUUAUAAUCCGGGUGAAACACAACCAUUCACAAACUCAUAUCCAGAUGACGUCACUGAGCCGUUUACAGAUCAAUACGAAUAUGACCAGGCUGAUGCCCCCAAGAUCAAUACUGCUCGAUGUUUUCUUGAGAAAGAUUCAGGCACCGCAUGUGAGUCGUAUGAGAUCAGAUGGCACUACAACCAGAAAGCACAGAAAUGCCAGCAGUUCUGGUAUGGAGGUUGUGGAGGAAACGAAAACCGUUUUUUGACAGAGGCGGAGUGUUUCAGCGAAUGUGGCUCGACAGUUUUGGAAACUCUAUCGAAGGAUGAUUCCAGCAUAAGCGAAGAUGUUUGCCACCUGAAGUAUGAUGAAGGAACAUGCUCAGCCUAUUCAGUGAAAUGGUACUUCAACAUCAACAGUGGGAAAUGUCUCCAGUUCUGGUAUAGCGGAUGCAAUGGGAACGGCAACAGGUUUAAUACUCAAAAUGACUGUGAGAGUCGCUGUCUAAAGGACAGAAAAGCAUCUCCCGGCACCUCCUAAUUGUGAUAUUCAUUGAAGCGAAUGCAUUAAAGGGGCAAUAAGUAGGAUUUUAAGUGUUUUAUUAAUCAAAAUCAAUGUCUUUAUUCAUAAAUAUGUCCUCGUUGGUGUCAAAAUGACCUCUGCCAGUGAUCUGACUUUUGUUUGUAAGCUUAGAAUUUCUUCUCUUUACUUACAUUGAACGGGUAAGUCCAAGGAGGCGUCCAUAUCGUUCCGCCGUAUUGAUAAACUAUAAUAACAGAGAGGGACAAAAAGCACUAGCCUACCAACGCGUUUCUACAACGUGUUUUCAUUCAGAACACGUGAACCAGCUGCAAUGGACAAGGAGAUCAGCGAUUACAUAAUGGCUACCGUAGUUGAAACACGCAUUUGGAAGCUAGUAAGCACUGUUCGUUUCAAUGCAAAAUACAAUUCCACCACUAGAUGGGGGUAGAUCCUACUGAUUGCCCCUUUAAACAUAUGGCUGGGUCCUGACAGAAGUUGUCAAAUGGCAGACCUGCAGGGAAUAAUCAGAAAUUCAGGUUUUAGCUUUAUGGAUUUCUUUAGGUGAGUUAAUACAAACCAAGAUUUAGAUGAUGUUUUUAAAAAAAAGUGCACAAUUUGUUAAAAUUGAAGUUUGUAAUUAAAUGAACUCACAAUUUUGAAACUUUUGUCAAACACUUUAAUCCUCAUUUAUUGUUUGGCCAAGCGGGUUAUAUUGUGGUAAACUCUUGACUAGGUAGCUAAAGUCCUGGAGUUUUUGAACAUUUAGCAGACACUUUUAUCCGGAGCAGCUUGUAAGAAAGGUGAGAAAGACAAUAGAGCGAUUCUUCUUAAGGAGGCAAUAAUAUGACAAGUGCUAUGCAAAGUUACUUUCAGUACAAAAGUUUAUUUCUGACUACUGUAACUGGCCAUAUAUUUGCAUGCAGUUUACAUCAGAGAGUCAAACAAAAAGAAAUUCUUACAAUGCAACUUUAAUGUUGGCUCAUUUUAUUACAUUAAAAAACUUGAACUCCCUUGA